AUGUUGGAGAAGUCCAUUGAUACCAUUAUCGCAAUCCUUGGUGUCAUGAAAGCUGGCGCCGCCUAUGUGCCUCUGAGCCCGGACAACCCGGUGGACCGCAACUCAUUCAUCAUCGACGAUGUGAAGGCACGAACGAUCCUGACCAAAGCCAAUUAUGCCGCUGUGUUAUCCCUGAUCCCCAAUCUGAAUAUCGCUCGGGCCGAUGCGCCAGAGAUCGAUCAGUUCCCUGCUUCCUCUCCCAUGGCCCACACCGUUCCUGACAGCACUGCUGCUAGAGGUGCCGUGCAACAAAGGACUCCGAGCAAGACCAAAUAUGAUGGAGAGACUCCCGGUACAAGUAGCGAUUGUGGCAGGACUAAAGGCGGACAUACAACGCGUCAGACCACCAUACGAUGA